GUCGACAACUACUGCCUACUGACGAGAGAAUGGGUGGCAUAGGACAGCCUCUUGUCUGUGUUGACACUGCGCACUGGAGACACGCCCAUGCACAUAGCAGCUGAUGCGAACGAGUACGAGGUGCUGGAGGAGAUGCUGCGGGAUGAGGAGGCAGCCUCAGUCAUUGACAUCACAGACAAACAUAAGAACAGUGCGGCACACAUCGCCGCACAUCACGGUCACUACGAGAGCUUUAAGUUCCUCGUCGAGGCCGGCGCGCGCCUCACAAAGAAAAACGUGAAUGGCUUCAACCCUCGCGAGCUGGCGUACCGAAACGAGAAGCUGGCGCCGUACAUGAAGGUGUACGACAACGCCCCGAAGAUACGGAAGAAGAAGAAGAAGAAGCCAGGCGAGAUGACGACGACGGACGACGAGUCGCUGGCCGACCUUACGCCGACGGAUCCCGCCAACACGCUCGACGACCUGAUGACUAAGCAGGCAGCCAUCACCGAGCGCACCAUCGUGGAAGCGGUCAGCAGGUCGGACGUGAGGCAGAAGUCGGCCGCGCUUCCGCCCAACUGGAAUUUGAGGCGGCCGGACGACCACACAACCAGCGAUUCGGACACCAGCUUCCAGCCGAAGAAAAGGAAUCCACCGCAUCCGCGUACUUUGAAGCGUGAUUCUACUGCUGCGCCCAUAUCAGAGCAGGAGCUGGAAACAUUUAGAUCAGAUAUAAAGCCAGAGGACUACUACAGGCAGCAGCAGGAGCAACAGCGGCAGCAGCAGCAGCAGCGGGAGAAGAUAGAGAGAACACCGGAAGCUGGUUGGAUAUCAGUCUGA